GGGAAGCGACAGCCAAAAGAAAGGGUUCCCUUCUGCACCUGUAAUACGACCAGAGCACAUGGCCUCGAUGCCCUUGUUGACCUUUCGCAUUUGAUUGCAAUCCUCGUGGUAGUUUGACCUACUUCAUUCCUGCGCCGUCCCAACCAAAUCCCCGUCUGGUACUCCCUACUCUCACCACAUCUCCAACCUGACGGGCCAUCAAGGCCUAGGCACGAGACACUGCUUUCCGCUUCCCGGGCACCCCUAGCAUCUACGCAUUCCUCAUCAACCCAUCUGCCUAAGAUUUGAUUCGACAUUGAUGGCCUCCCAAGGAGGCCUCACCCGAAGGCGGGGAGCUGGUGGUGCUGCCAGCAGCGCUGCCGCCGGGGAGGAUGAAUCCUCGAGUCGCGUCUCAUCCCCCGCUCCCAAGUCCUACAACGACCGCUCCCCCGAGACCGCAUACGAGAGUGGCGAGAAUGGUCACAAGAUUGCCUACGAUCCUAGAGACAUCAGCGAGAGCGAGGAGAGGAGCAAACAACCCAAGUUGACUCUCAUGGAGGAUAUCUUAUUACUCGGCUUGAAAGAUAAGCAGGGCUAUCUCUCAUUUUGGAAUGACAACAUCUCAUAUGCUCUGCGAGGCUGCAUAGUCAUCGAAUUGGCCUUCCGCGGCCGUAUCAGCAUGCAAAAGGACUCCGCCAGAAGACGGUUCCCCCUUGCCGACCGCAUCAUCGAGGUCAUCGAUGACACCCUGACCGGCGAAGUACUCCUCGACGAAGCCCUCAAAAUGAUGAAAACAAGCGAGAAGAUGAGUGUGAGCUCGUGGAUUGAUCUCAUGAGCGGUGAAACGUGGAAUUUGAUGAAGAUUGGCUAUCAACUCAAGCAAGUCCGCGAACGAUUGGCCAAAGGACUGGUGGACAAAGGUAUCCUGCGUACCGAAAAGCGCAAUUUCCUCCUCUUCGAUAUGGCCACCCAUCCUGUCGUUGAUGCCGCCGCCAAAGAUGAAAUUCGCAAGCGGGUGCGCAAUGUUUGCACCAACCGUACCGUCGUUCUCCCCCCUUCCCAAUUCCUACCCGCAGAACUCGACUUCAGAAUGCUCCGGACUGUCAGCAUGGUUUGUGCAUCUUACGCCGCCAACGUUCUUGAAAAUGCCCUGGUCACACUGGGCCACGAAGCCCGAGAAAGAGCCUUUGCACAAGUGGACGAAUUGCUGGCUGAAUACAGCCAAUGGCCCUUUGCCAAACGAGCCGGUGGGAACCAAGGUAUUGGGGCAAACAUUGGCCAGGUUAUUGCCGAGGAAGUUGAGAAGAACAAGGACAAAGAAUUACAACUUGAGGUUGUCGCUGCAUGUUUGAGCGUCUUUACCCGCUUGGAUUCUUUACUAUAAAUUGAACUCAGACUUUCUCUCGAUUUUCAAUCUGUUCGACACCGUGACACGAGUGCGCCGUUCAAAACAUCGAUUUCAAGACCCGCAAUUCGAAUUCAUCAUCACCACCACCAUCAGCGAGAGUUAACAAGUCGACCAAGAACGCGAGCAGGAAGAAAAGAUCUGGCCCCCCUUUACCACCACCCUCUAAAACCCCGAUGUAAGGCAUUGAUCAGAGUAACGACUCGACGGACUUGAGGAAAAGUCCCUAAAGCAAUCUUGUUGUGUUGCUUUGGGAACAGGCAGAAAAUUCAAGACAGGCGACGGAAAAAACACCUGGUUCUUCUAUCCAACAUAUUGUGAAUGAAAGCAAACCUUUGAAGUCGUGCUCCAGUGUUAUCUUCUACUUAAUCUCGUGUUUUCCUCUGUCGGUCACAUAUUCUUCCGUUCGAGAGAGAAAGGUGCCCAGCAAGGAUUCAUCUACAAGAUGUGAAGGGAAAGGUUCAAUAUGAUCAGUAUGUGGGAUCAAUCGACUCGACAGGGAUAUUAUACAGUAGUCUUUAUAUCGACAAAGGGUCUGCCUGCCUACUUUUAGACUGAUGCAAC